AUGGAGGAGAAACUCGCCAAACAGUGGGACAAUGUCGAUACCAGUCCAGCUUCGAAACACGUCAAACAACAUUGGGGGCUCGCCUUUUUGGCCGAGUGGCAGAUUCUAACAGAUCUCUUGGUUGCCUUCGAUGACUAUCAUGACAUUAUUGAGGCUAAGUUGAGCAAUUCCACUACUGAACACCAAGCUCUUAAGUCUUUGGACAAUGCGGAUAGGCUAUUUCGUAGUCGUUCCAUCGGUUUAUCCAAGCUUAACGCGGAGUGCCCUCCUAUCUAUCAGGCCCUUAUAUCCAAGAAAUGCACAAGAUGGUAG